GUAAAAGCUGACACAAAACUCAGCACACACACACACACAGACUGGGUGGAGAGCCGGGGUGUAUAUAAGGGGUGCCUCUCUCUCUGAGCGGAGAAGUCCCUUCAUCCCUCUCUCAAACACUCCUCCAACACAAGGACUCUCUUUCCUCAAGAUGACGGCGGGGUUGUGUGUGUGUGUUCUGUUGGUGGUCCUGUCCACUAGCUGUUUGGGACGACCCCAGUCCUCUCCCCCCCUCCAAGAGGGCGACCCUGCCAUGCCCCCUUCCUCUGAAGCACGUCUUGAGGCCUACGCCCACUUCCUCUCCAAGCCACGCCUCAGACAGACACGCUCCGCCCCUUUGGACAAUACCGUCCCAUAUACGGCAGAAGAAGACGAAGACUCCAGAGCCAACCUCAGUGAAUUGUUGGCUAGACUCAUCUCCUCACGGAAGGGUUCUCUCCGUAAGAACUCAACAGUGAACAGCAGAGCUAGUGGUCUCAGUGCUAACCACCGGAUAAAAGACCGAGACUACAAUGGGUGGAUGGACUUCGGCCGCCGCAGUGCAGAAGAGUACGAGUACUCCUUGUAAAAAAGUAGUCACUCUCUACAAGAAAACAACAAACUCAGUCAAUGUCCCGCGAUAAGAGUAUAUUUAUUCUGUAUUUGUUUGUAAACACUACAUGAUGCAAUAUAUACAUAUGCCACAUUUUUCAGGAAAUCUUUAAAGUUCUGGUUUUCUUUCCUGGUGUUCUGUCUGUUUAUGGUUUUGGAGGGAAUUGAAUGGAAUGAAUUAAGGUCAGGUGUUAAUGGAAAAAUAUAUAUGAUGUCAUGAGAUUAACUUGGAUCAAUAAAAGUUAAGAAUGAACAGUAUCUCAACAAAUGAGUUCCCAGAGAUACAUGCUCACACCCACGUAAGCAUGCAUGCACAGAUAACAUAAUACCCUCAUGGUAUCACCUUAAGAAGUUAAACUACAAAUAUAAAUAGUGAGCAGUGGCUCAUUACAAUACAUAAAGCUGGUAGAACACACAGCUCACUUCUCUAGGACUCCAGUCCUGCUGCAUUUCAGUUCUCUCAAUUAACCAAUGAAUAUAAUGUACUGAUUUUUAAAGUGCAACGAUUGGUCAGAGUGCACACACCUGGUUUCCCAGGACUGAAUCAGACUUUGAUUAAAAGGAUGAAAACUAGCAGACGCUGCAGCUGUGCCCCCUUCACUUAAAAACAUGUGAACAACAAUACUGCCUGACAUAACUGGUGUGCAACAACAACCGACAGGGAAUAGACUUC